AUGCCGAUUGAACCGCUAACUCUCACCGUGGCAUGCUCCAGCCUGAUCUCGAACGUCGGAAAGGCCUCUGUGGAGAUCUACUCGUUUGUGUCCAGAGUGCGAGAUGCCCAUCGAGAUCUCGACGCUGUCCUGAAGGAACUGUCGUCCCUGGGCCUUUGUUUGGAAACGCUCCGGAACGACGCCAUGGUCACCUCCAAGCGCGUACCUCAACCCCUCGAGAACCGGGUUCUUCUCGUCCUGGUCAACACGGCCGAAGUCGUCAAGGAGAUGCGCGAGAUGUUGGACAACUUGUCCUCGGACAGGUUCGGCAAUCAGAUGAAAUGGGCCAUCUACGGGCAAAGCGACAUGAACAAGCUCAGAAGCCGGUUGGAGUCUCACAAGGCCGCGCUGGAGAUAGCUCUGGCCCUGUUGACUUUAUCUCUCACCACGGCCAUCAAGGAUGAUACAAGCAGUAUUCGCCGGAAUGUCAAGGAAACUGCCGUUGGUCUGGACCAGAUUGUCCAGGCCCUAGCGGCGUUGCCAGAACGUGUUGCCGCCCAGUUACAAGUGGGUGCAUUGAAUGAAGCAGCCAUCGUCGACACUAUCAGACCAGCUCUGCAAGAAUUGCCAGCACCAGAAGCCCCGGUGGAAAACUCUGCCCGAACCCUCGAAAGUCUUUUUCCUCCUCCACCCAUGAAUUCGGAAGAUCAAACCCCAAGCGACUUAGAUGCGGCGAUCUUACAGGCCAGCAGCCUUGCGUUGGCUCUUGUGGCUGCCAAGUCUUCAGGCCAGCCAGUCAACAGCACCCAGGACCAGUCAUCUCGGUCUCCAAAAUGGCGGAACGACAACACGCAAUCAAAGCUUCAGCAGCCGCCGCCGUUUGACCAGGUAGCGUAUGAUAAGGGGCCUGUUGCGCCGGAAGAGUCGAUGCAGGAGGAGCAGGAUCCCGAAAUGGCGAAAUCGAGGGAGGCCCGCAAGCUCGAGCCGGAGAAUAUACGUACCUUCCAAGUAAUGGAGCAUGAUCAACGACAGAUGAAAGAUGCACACAUGCAAACGGGUGUCGAACCUCUAUCCGAGCCGCCUCGCGAGAAUAAAGUGGUGACAUGGGACGACUUCCGACGACCUCAGAUGACAACAGAUUUCCGUAGCGUUCCCGUUCGGAAGAGGACUGGCAUUCGGCCUCUGGGUCUGUCGCAAUUCCUAGGCGUCUACUACGACGAUGAUGACAACCUUCGCAGGGCUCUGGGUGAGAUCGGCCUGGUAAAGGGCGGUGAAGAACGACCACGACUCCAAGAGGGCGACAACGACAACGACAAGCAACCACGUCAGCUUUUCUUCCCAAGUCCCUUUUCCGGGCCUAUGGACGAAACCAGCGAAACAGAGCGUGACAAGGCAGAUCGACUACGACCCAAGGGACCCAAGGCUGAAGAGAAUGAAGAAAAGACAAGGUUGAUGAUUGAAAAACUGCCGCAACGUGAAAAGGAGAAAUCUACAGAGAUCGAAGGUGAACUCCUCCGCCCCGGUGCAGUCCUGGAACAGGCAGUGAGGUACAACGAGGGGCAAAGACAAGAAGAUCUGGGCGAAGAGUGGUCGAAAGGCGCACCGGGGAUCGUAUAG